UUUGUUAGUUUUCGGCCGCCACCAAGACGCGACGCUGAGCUUGGACCGCAGGGCCCCGCGCGGGCGCGAACUUUGGGCUUGGGCGGGUGGUGCUCCGCCCAGCCCGAGACGGGCGGGCGCGCCGGCCAAUGAGUGCCUCCUCUUGGCCGCGGCCCCGACCCCUGGGUCCCGGCCCGCAGCUCCCCAGCCCCGGGGCUCAGAAGCGGCCGGCGGAGGCGCUGUCCGGGCGCUACGCCCAUGCCCGGCGGGGCUCACGCGGCUGUCCCGCGCCCGGCGCGCCUCCGGUAGGGGACGCCCGGGGCCCGGCCGGCCCGGCCAUGCUUCUGGAGACACAGGACGCGCUGUACGUGGCGCUGGAGCUGGUCAUCGCCGCGCUGUCUGUGGCGGGCAACGUGCUGGUGUGCGCUGCGGUGGGCACGGCGAGCGCGCUGCAGACGCCCACCAACUACUUCCUGGUGUCCCUGGCAACGGCGGACGUGGCCGUGGGGCUCUUCGCCAUCCCCUUUGCUAUCACCAUCAGCCUGGGCUUCUGCACUGACUUCUACGGCUGCCUCUUCCUCGCCUGCUUUGUGCUGGUGCUCACGCAGAGCUCUAUCUUCAGCCUUAUGGCCGUGGCAGUCGACAGGUACCUGGCCGUCUGUGUCCCGCUCAGGUGA